CGUUCGGCCGGGAAUGUUCGCGCUGGCUUUUCCUUAGUAACCAGAAGUAGAAACGUCGUUGCGUCGUCGUUGCGUCGUCGUCUCGGUCGUCUUUGCCCACCGCGUGAUCCAAAUUGGAUGUUCCCGGAGUAGAGGAAACAACGCAUUCGGUGUCGUGGGUCUUUUGUUGUCAUUACGAGACGAGUGAGUGCGUGCUAUUUAUCCCGAAUUUGAUUCGGCUGCUGCUGCUCGGAGGCAAUUUUCCUAACGGUCCCCUCGAUUUCCAUACCCAGUUUUUGUUGAGGGGAAAAACGAACGAGCCUCUGGAUGUUGCCCCAACAACGAGUGCCGGAGGAAGUAAAUUGGAGAAAAUUUCGUUGCAAUUUGCAUCAAGCGACGUGCUGUAAUGAAGUGUGACAAGCUGUGAUACGAAAUUGGAUCGUUAAACGAUUUUUUUUCUGUGGUGUUAAUUAAUUCGAAGAAUUGAAAGUUGGAUUCAAUUAACGCUCGUCAGUGUUGGUGAUAUUUAUAUGGUUAAGAUUUAGUGAUUUAUGUUACCGAUAACAGAAUUCAAAACAAGAUAAAGCAUCAUGCAGAUUUUGGAUAUAAACCAGAAGGAUUAUGACCAAAAACGACCGGUGUACGAGGACAUCAAAAUUGAUACGGCCUUCCGAAAGAUCAGUCCGAAGGCCAUCGGGUUCCACGUGUGGCGCAUUCAAAAUGAUCACAUUGAGGCGCUGCCCCGGGAGCAGUACGGCACCUUCUACGAUGAGAAUACCUACGUGAUCUAUUCGGCCUCGCUAGCCGGCACGGUUUCCGACAAAAAUACUAUUUCUCGAGAAAUCAAAACUCCUGGUGUGACCAUUGAGAGGUACAUUCAUUUCUGGUUGGGUGCCAACAUAACCUCGGAUCGGUCGAAGUCGGCAGCUUACAAAAUUAUUGAGCUAGAUCUGCAUUUAGAUCACAAAACAACUCAGUACCGGGAAAGCCAAGGCCAUGAGGGUAUCCGGUUUCUUUCUUAUUUUAAAGAUGAUGGAAUUUUAAUACAGUCCGGAACUGAUCCAUCAUCGUAUCCCUUAUUUCCGAGAUUGUACCAGAUCAAGGGUAAAACCACUCCACAAUGUAUUCAGCAGAAAGCGAUCACCUGGCAGCAUUUUAACUGUGGCCACGUUAUGCUUCUGCAAACGCCCACGAUCCUUUUCGUUUGGAUCGGCAGAUCGACCAGCUCCUGUGAACGAAUCUACGGGUUGAAAAUUGGCAACAAAUUGAAGGAAAGUUUUAAAAUUCCUGAACUGGCCAUCGUCGACGACGGUUACGAGCAGUCCAUGAGCUCGCAACGCAAGGAAGUUUGGAACGGGUUUCUAAGCCUGUCGCAGCGUUUCGUCCAACCGAUGGCUUUAACGCCUUCUAGCGGGGACAUCAUGCUGAAAUUGUACCAAUGUGAUACCGUCAAUGGGGUGUUUCGAGUAGAACUGGUAAAAACGGGUGCUUUAGAGCAGGGCGAUCUCUACGGACGGGACAAUAUUUACAUCAUUGACUACUUCUGUAACGGGGUAUGGAUCUGGAUAGGACGCAGCUCCCACAAACAGAAUCGAGCCGAAGCAAUGCGGCACGUGAGGGGCUACGUUAUCAAGAAAGGUUACCCUGCUUCGACCCCGGUGGCCAGAGUCAUCGACGGAUUAGAACCAGCCGAGUUCACCAGCUUAUUCCCAACCUGGAUUAGUGCAGAUGUCAAUGGUAACUCGAUCAAAGCACUAUCCGAGAAGUUUGACGCCCUUACCCUUAUUCAGCGCCCAAAACUUGCUGCCCAAAUUCAGCUGCUAGAUGACGGAACAGGAGAUGCUACUGUUUAUCAGAUCGGAGCAGAAGACGUGCAGGAAAUCCCCAAGAAAUACGCUAAAACGUUUUACUCGGGUCACUGCUAUAUCGUACAUUACCAAAUAUCCUGCACAUCGGAAAACAACAUCAGUUCUUUGUCCAAUUCGAUCAAGAACGUAAUUUACCUCUGGAUCGGUUCCAAUUCGCCCAUGGAAUAUCGUCACACUGGGGAAGCCUUCCUCACAGAAAUGUGUAACCACCUAAAGAAGAAUGUGGUUCAACUGCACAUCAGUGAAGGCAUGGAGCCACCACACUUUUUACAGAUUUUCAAAGGGGGCCUUAUCAUAUUCAACAGUACCGAAGCCAUUCUGAAUCUACGGAAACAUCCGAGCAGUUUCGUCCUCAAGGUGGUUGGUAACUCGACCUUCACCUGCAAAGCUGUUCAAGUGUCUAGUAAAACGCUGUACUAUCCAGAAGAUUGUUACAUACUGAAGGCGCCAGAUAAUAAAACGUGGAUUUGGUGCGGUCAAUAUUCAACCGGUGACUCUCGGGAAAUGGCAAAAUCUAUAGCUUCAAUUCUAGGAGAGUACAACCUGGUGAUGGAGUCCAAUGAAACGGAUGAGUUCUUCAACUCUGUAGGAGAAAAGUUUCUCAAACAGUUGAAGAAGACUCACGGUAACAUAGUUACGCCUACUAUGAACGUUACCUUGACCUGGGAACGGCAACGCAUCGGUUUGUACAUGUGUUGUCAGGACCAGGAAAAAGUGGUGCUGCACAGAAUAUUCGGAUUUUCUCAAAAAGAUCUGAGACCGGAAAACAUUUUCCUGCUGGAUGCCGGCAACAUUAUUUAUGUAUGGAUCGGGGAGUUUGUUGGAUCCGAUGAUCGAGCACAGUGCUGGGAUGUCGCAAAGUAUUUGAUCAAUACAUGCCCGGUUCAAAGAGACAUCUGUAUGCCGAUAGCAGUUAUAAGGCAGGGUGAAGAACCAAUAACGUUCAUCGGGUUCUUCGAUAAAUGGGACAGAAAAUAUUUCGAGAACUACAUUACAUUCGAAGCGAUUCGUAAUGAGCUGGAAUGCUCAAAUGGAGUUCCAGUCCCGGUCCCUAGAGGCUCGGUGAACAGUGACUGCGCAAGUGGUGACGAUUUCGAUAGGUACCAAAAAUAUCCGCUAGAUAUGCUACGCGGUGACUUGGCUAACCUUCCGAAUGGAAUUAACCCUACCCGCAAAGAAGUACACUUGACCCACGAUGAUUUCGUAACGGUGUUUAAAAUGCCCUAUCACGAUUUUGAAGAGCUACCAAAAUGGAAGCAGGUUGAGCUGAAAAAACAAAAUAAAUUGUUUUAAAACACAAAUAAAAGUUGAUUCUCUUCCUUGUAACAAGA